GUGGGUAAUUCGUUGUAAACAAUAACAAAAAGCAGCUGAUUUCAGUAGCAUUGAAAGUGUGUGAUAGUAAUCGACGUGAUUUGUAAACUAUUAAUUUUAAAAUGAUCAAAAGACCAUCUAGCAAGGAUAACGAGAAUGACAUUCUCCGCAUGCAGCAGGAUUUCUAUGCCGAAACCAAUCGCGAUAGGAGUUUCCAACCGGCAGCCAAGGUGGUUCGUGUUGGACAAGACGCCGAAACCGAUGGAGCGCCUGCAGUAAAAGUUCCCAGGCAGUCGGAGUUCGCUCGUCGUCGGCAGCUUCAAAAAGCAUGCAAAGAUAAUGCGGAAGAGGCAAAACCGCUGGUACCGGAAAACACGGUCAUCGGAGAAAUAGUCGAGAAGAGCUUUGAAAUGAAAUCUAUUCCGAUGGAACAAGACGAGUGUGGUGGUUUGGAUGGGGAAGCUUUCCCGAAGCCAAUCCAUCUUAAAGUUGUCCCGGGGGGAACUGGACAAAAGAAAAGUUUGUUUGCUCAAAUGUUUAAUAAAGAAAGUGACGCUGCAUCUUCGACUAUGAAAAAUAGGAACAGAGAAUUGCAUCUACCGGCGGAAAGCGUUAUUCUUGAAGGGACCGAUGCGAUUGAAAUUCACAAAGAGAAUCUUGAAAAGAUGAAACAAAUGGAUGAAAGUGAAAUAUUGAAGGAGAGGGAACAUCUAAUAAGCACAAUGGAUCCCCAGUUGGUCGAGUUUUUGAAGGCGCGAAAAAAAGGUUCAGUUGUGGAUCAGAAGGUAACGCCAGAACCGAUUCGGGAAGAAUUUGAAGAGGAGGUCAACACUGAAGCUCCGAAUUUGGAUGUGUUUUGCCAGGAAGGGUCCGAUCAAUGGAUCAACUUUGAUAUUUUGGAACCAGAAAAGUUAGAGUGGACCAAAAACAUUCACAAAAGCUUGAAAGAACUCAAACCGGGGGAGACGUUUGAGGCCCGUUUUGAUUGGAAGGGAGUUCUGCAACCGUAUGUGGUAGAAAAUGGGAACAUGAAUAAAGAUGAUCGGGAAUUGUAUCUGCAUGGAGAGGAAGCAGAGCGUCCAGGAUACACUUUGCAGGAAUUGUUUCGUUUGGCACGUGCCAAUGUUCUUCAGCAACGCAUAUCCGCUUUGAGCGCUAUCGGCGGAAUAUUGAACAUUCUUAAUCAGGGUUUUUACGAUGGAGUGUUGGAGCUACCUAUUUCAAAAAUAUUCUUUUUUCUCCGAUUUGCACUCGAUGAGAAUACUCCGACAGUCGUUGAGGCUGCUUCCAGGGGUUUGGCCAAUCUGUUUUACAACGAUACGGAUGAAACGCUACUUGAUACGAUCUACGAUACCAAGCAUGGAAUUUACCAACCGGAACUUGGACUUAACAUUACCCACAGUCGAUCAGAGGAAGAAGAGCUCCGUCAAAAGGAUCUCGAAGCAGGAAUGGAUUCUCUGAAUUUGAACAGUAAACAACGAUCGGAAAAAUCCACUCGCAAGGUUCAUUUCUCCGCCGAAGUCUACGACGACCCGGAUGACAUCCACAACCGAGAAACGAUGAAUGACUUCCAUCUGGCAGAAACCGAUCUGCUGGAGUGCCUUCUGCGAACGAACAUCCUGGAACGGAUUCGGUACAUACUUUUCUCGAUGCGACCAGAAGGGACUACCGUUAUCAGUUGUACGAAACUGCUGAUUCGUCUCGCGCGAACAAACGAAUCGAUGGCAGUGAAGAUUGGCUCCAACGAGCUGCUGAUGGGUGGUUUAAUUAAUGGCUAUUUGAGCUCUUCGGAAGAGCAAGGUGGAAGGAAUCGGUCGCCGCAACACGUUGUUAUAAAGCUAUUGCGAGUUUUGUGUUCCUAUGGGAAAGAUUUCUACGAAAGAUAUUUGGCGAGAUACCACGUAACAAAUCUGCUGAAGCGACACGUUUUCAGCAGGAAGGAUAUCAAAGUCACAUUGAUACAGAUCCAAAUCGAAACGUUUCGAUUCAUGAGAUUGAUUUUGAAGUAUACUCAACUUGACGAAUUGUAUUGCGAUUUACAUCCGGCGCUAUUUUACCUCCUGGAGUGGCAUUACCAGCAUCUCGUCCUGGAUGAGAAUGGCCCGUUCAUCAUCCGCCAGCACUGCGCAUCCUUGUUAGCACUAAUUGGCUAUGAUCGGGUUCAACACGUCGCCCCCGUAUUUAGUCCACAUAGCUGGGAUCGUUUGUUUGCUUGUUUUAGCAAGUGGUUCAACGCUGCGACAAAGCACGGUGUUAAUGAGUUUUCCCAAAAGCUACUGCUGGGAGCCUGUCUGGAUGUGGCGGCAAAGGUGCGAGACAUUUCCGGCAGUUAUUACAGGAGCUUUUUCGAUGGAUAUUUGAGCGUUUUUCUGAAGAGCACAAAAUUUGACGAUUUGAUGCAGCAACUACGCCACUCGCCACUGUACGGUUUCACCCCAGGCAUGGAGGAUCGAAGUGCAAAAAUUACCCCUCUACCCAAUGUUGGUGGUGUUCUUACGCUGGAAAACCACCCAACGGCACCCACGUUGAUUCUGACGAAAUCCUAUCCGGUAUUUAUGCUUCACGCCGUACUCGGUCUUUUACGUUCGCACGCCGUGAUGGAUGAACUCCCACUGCAGCGCUUCUUGUGCCAUAGAGGUCACUGCAAUUACUUGACCCAAUUGGCUGCCAUGGUUUCCGAGAAAAGUCGCAAAAUUACAACUCCAUCUGGAAAAUCUUCGACAAAUUGGUUUUUGAAAGGUGAGCUGGAAUACUUGCUCGAAGUGUUGACAGUGCUGGUGAAGUAUGGUCGACAUCGUCAACGUGACCGUAUGGAUGACUUUGGAAUGAAAGAGUCAAUUCCUGGCGAAGAAAUAGAAAUCGAAAGCAUGAUUAACAACGGGAGAUUGCUGGUGGCUGUGGCAUUCAGAGUGCUUCUCCAUCUAAGUGAGGAAUUCUAUCCAGCUAUCGUACGGCUAUUCGAUGAGGUAAUUUUUGUUCGCAAUUUCUACCCCAGCCAGUGGCUGCAGGACGAGAAUGGAUGUAGCAAUACCGUGGCAGCUGAAGAACUACAGAGAUGGAAGUUCAACUACAAAGUAAUAUUGAAAGCGUUGCUGAAACGAGAGGAAAAUUCAAACACUGUUCGCAGCAAUUACACCGUAUCCGAAUGGCGUACUCCGCUCUUAGCUCAAACGUGGCCCCAUUCUCCGCUGUAUCUGUUGUUGGAAAAGGCCGAGAAAGGUUCUGCACAAUUGCAGCACUUUACUGAAGAACAGAUCAUCAAAACUGCGUUGCUAUUCUCUGAGCUAUUGGAGGAAAACAACAUUGUGAUGACAACCGUCACGCACAGGUUGAUGUAUUUGAUGACUUCCUUCCUGGGACCGGAUGCGAAAUUCCUUGAUGGUGACAUUUCAGCGCUCAUCAAGCGUCGGAUCGAUGCCCUGCAGCACGAGAUGCUGCGCAGUGGGGAACGGUUCGAUUUCGAUGUCCGACUCGAGGAUCAAAAAAGUUUCCAGGGACUGUAUCAGCUUGUGCUGGACAUUUUCCAGAGUUCAAGUUACGGCCACGCGCCUUUCAGUGCAUUGGUUAUGGUUCCGUUGGCUCAGCGAUACGAUAUUCUGUGGCGUAACCUGGUAUGGUCGGAGCACGUUGCCGUGCUGAGAUUUAUUACAUGUAGCGAGGAUCAGUUAUUCGGAUCAUUGGAUGAGUAUUUGCAACCGGAGGAGACCGAUGUUACACUCAUCAAGUUCUACAGCCAAGCACUAAACUCGAAUCUCCUUCGUCCGGGAUCGAUUCCUGCCCGGAUAGCAGCCCAUCAUGUUCAAGCGUAUCGAGAAAGGAUGAAAGCAAUAAAAAAAUCCAGUAUCACUGAUCAAUAAACAUUGCAACUAGA